AUGGAUUUAGUACUGGAGUUUUUUGACUCUUACUGUCUGGACUAUGUGUAUUCUAGAACUUUGCCCGCGUCGCUGGCGUCGCACGUCCCAGCGCAGUGGCAGUCGAUGCUGUCGAUGAACCAGGGUAAUUUGACGGGUGUGGUGGCGCCAAAAGCGGCGGGGAUCUACGGAUACGCACCUUACCUAUUCAAGAUGAGCGAGUACACUGGGGCGUCGCUGUUGCCCCGCUACAACGUGUUGCGUCAAUUUCUGUCGCUCGUGUCGAUCACGACGGUGUUCGGCUGGUUGCUGUAUUUCAGCGUGGCGUCGUUCUCGUACAUGUUUAUCUUCGACAAGGCGAUUUUCAACCAUCCGCGCUAUCUGAAGAACCAGAUGUCGCUGGAGAUCAAACAAGCCAUGUCCGCCAUCCCUGUGAUGGUCGUGCUAACGGUGCCAUGGUUUCUGCUCGAGCUGCAAGGACACUCGAAGCUGUACAUGAACAUCGACGUUGAAAACCACGGCGUGCGCCAGUUUUUCCUCGAGUACGUUUACUUCUUGAUGUUCACUGACUGCGGCAUCUAUUUGUUGCACAGAUGGCUCCACUGGCCUCGCGUUUACAAGGCGUUGCACAAGCCCCACCACAAGUGGCUUGUCACAACACCAUACGCGUCGCACGCCUUCCACCCAGUUGACGGUUACUUCCAGUCGCUUCCUUACCACAUCUACCCCAUGCUUUUCCCGCUAAACAAAGUCUCGUACCUGAUCCUGUUCACUUUUGUCAACUUCUGGACCGUGAUGAUCCACGACGGUGAGUACUUGGCCAACGACCCCGUGGUCAACGGUGCUGCCUGCCACACUGUACACCAUCUGUACUUCAACUACAACUAUGGUCAAUUUACUACUUUGUGGGACAGACUUGGUGGCUCGUACCGUGAACCUGACAAAGAGUUGUUCAACAAAUCAUUGAAAAAGAGCAACAAGACCUGGGAAGAGCAGAUCAAAAAGAUGGAGGUCAUUAAGAACCAAGUGGAAGGUAAAGAUGAUGACAGAGUUUACGGAACCGAGGAAAAGCUACUGAAGAAGGUCAACUGA